AUGUUAUGCGAAAAUGACAGCAUGUCCAUGAAACUUUACAUUCCUUUCGCCGGCGCGCACAUCACGUCGGAGGCUUCUCUAAGCGACGAACAUCGCAUCCUUUUCGAUAUUGAUUCGAAUCGUUGCAUAUUUGUACAGAGAUUUCGGUUGCUUAGCCGACCGAACAUGUUCAGUCGUCGAGCUCGCAGCGCCCAUAUCGAUAGCCCCCACCCCAAGGGUUGUAGUGUCAACUGUGUUGAAGACCUCCCUUGUUUGUGCAAUCGGUUUAUGUUUUUCUCUCUCUCCCCCUCUCUCCCUAUCUCAUAUCUCGCUCUCUUCUCCCCCCUCUCUUUCUUCAACGACGACCCGUUCGAGGACGCCGCCGUCGCGUGCGGAACGACAACAGCCGAAGGAAAAGCAACGACGAGCGCCACCGACCCCAGCAACCGUUGUCACUCCAAGCGACGACGACGCCAAUUAUGGCAUUGUCUAGCAGGGCAGAAAGACACACCUUUCGCAAUACAACAAAACGUGCAUAAAACAUUGCCGUUAUGCUGUCGGCCCGGCCGUCCCUCGAUCUGGACGAAUCGGGUUGGUCGAGGGUUUAGUCUCAAUAGUUCGCAGUCUCGUUGCUGCUCCCCUUAUUUUCUCUUUUUCGAUUCUUCUUUUCUUACUCUUUCCCUCUCUCUUUUUUCUUAUUCAUUCUUUCUUUGUCUUUCUACUUCCUCCCUUCUUUCCUCUCUCCUUUCUUCAUUUACAAUCCUUCCAUUAAUAUUUCUCUUCGAAUUAUUUUCAUUCAUUCGUAAUUUCUUUCUUCCUUGCAUCCUUUCUUGUUUCAUUCCUUUUGUUUUUUUUAUGCAAUUUAUUUUCAUCGCCAAGACGAUCAUUUCUUUUCCUCUUUCAUUAUUUUUUGCUUUAUUUCUUUCUUUCCAAUCGAUUUUUUAUAAUUUAUUUUUUCAUUCAAUAAUCCUCUUUCAUUAUUUCAUUCUUUGUUUGUUUCUUUCUUUCUUUCUUACUUUCCCAUUCAUCUUUUCAUUAUCUCUUUCUUUCUUUCUUUCUUUCUUUCUUUCCAAUCGAUUUUUUUUAAUUUAUUUUUUUUCAUUAAAUAAUCCACUUUCAUUAUUUCUUUCUUUAUUUCCUUCUUUGUUUGUUUGUUUCUUUCUUUCUUUCCAAUCCAUUUUUUCAUAA